UUCGACGUUCGGCGUGCGUGUCCCUCUCGGUAUUAUAUACAUAGAUAAAAUAAUAAUAAUAAUGACGAUAAUGCGUCUCGCGACAUCAUCAUCAUCGUCGUCGUCGUCGUCGUCGUCGCCGCGACACACGACGAGUGACACACAUCGUAAUACAGAGCCACAAGUGAUUUUAUAAGUCUUGAUUUUUUUUCUUGUUGCCAUUAUUAUUAUUUUUUUUCCGUCGGUAGUGCAAGCGCGUGUAGUGUACGUAAACUCCUGCCUGUAGCUCGCACACGCACACACACGUAAAGACGAUAGAAAAGUGUUUGCCGUUGUGCAGGACCACGAGUGUGCCAGUGUACAGUGUGCGCCGCGCACCUCCUCUCUCUCUCUCCGUCUGCUGCUGCGAGUGCACUCGUACUCGUCGGAGGAUAUCAUCGUCGUAUAUAUAUACAUACAGAGAUCCUCGUCGUCGUCGUCAUGCUGCAAGCUGCUGCUGCACCGGUAGUACGAUGCAGCGUCGACGAUUAUUACAACAACGUCGAUAACGAUGACGACUUGUCGUACGAGGAUCGUCGGCGACGAUCGUCAGGACGAUCGCACUGCAAGAGGCCAAGAAUCAAGAGCUGCAGCGGCGGUAACGAAGUCAACGCGUCGAGACGUCAGGCAACGACGACGACAACAACAACGACGGCGACGAGUGGUGUAACGAAAAAUGUUAAUAACAGUAGUAGCGGCAGCAAUGUAGGCUCGAGUGCCGCGAUGCAAAAAGCUCGCAUGAUGUUUCAUCUCAAUAACCCUCAAGUACCUCCAUGCAAGAUCAAUCGACUAAUCAGGACACUUUGAAGUGCCAAGAGGAGGAUGGGACGUCGGACGAGCGGCCGCGGCGGCGGCGGCACGGCGAGCGUCCUCAAGGAGCGCGCCAACAUGUCCUUCAUGCUGGUCGUCAUGUUCUUCGCCGUGUUCGGCCUCAUCGUGCUCACGGAGAUAUUCCUGAUCGACGAGCGUCACGGCAUCGGCGCGGGUGGUGCUGCGCUCGGAGCUCGUGGCCGAGCGGCCCAUCAUCGGCUAGCGGCGGCGCCCGAUCGACCCGACUACGAGGAAAUCGGGCCGGAGGAUUACGCCGGCCUUAAGGGUAACCUGGAGGAUCACCUGGGCAUGCUCGUGCGCGGCGAGGAGUCUCAACACGGCUACGGUGGCGGUGGCGGCGGUGGUGCCGGCCUCGGCAUGGGUAUGGGCUUGGGUAUGGGUGGAGCGUCGGGGGCGGUAGCUGCAGCGGCCGCGGCAGCAGCAGCCGCUGCCUUGCCCAUGGAUCCGCGAGGACUGCCCAGUCUGCCGGCCAACCUGGAGGCCAGAUUGCCGAGGCUGGAUCCGGCGCUCAGGGCCAGCCACGCCGAGUGGCUGCCGGUCACCAACACGAGGUUCAAGUUCUUCGUGUACUCGGCCUACUACGACGAGCGAGUGUCGAGCACGGGACUGUCGUCCUCGUCAACGUCAACGUCGCAUCGCGGCGGCCCGAACACGGGCGUGGUGCGAGUGAUCGGCGCGACCAAGACCCGAGGACCCGAGAGAGUCUGGUGUCGGCUCUGGUAUCCGGUCGAGGGCGCGGAAAACGUCACCACGUCGGUCACGGUCUCGGCCAAAGUCAAGGUAAUCCGAGAAAACUGGAAUCUCAAGUACAGCGCGUGCUUCGUCAUCUGCCCGCUGCCGAGGGACGCGCCGGCCGACUCGGCGGGCCGCGAUCGCGUGCCCAAGGAGGUCAGCAUCGUGGCGAGGCUGCGCGUGCCCCCGACGAAUCGCAUCCAGGUGCGAAAUCGACCGAGCCAGCGGCCCAAGGAGCGCCGACCGCUGGCCGUCUGCGUCAAGCCGCUGCAUUACGAUUACAACAGGGUGCUGCAACUGAUCGAGUUCAUCGAGCUGCACACGAUACUGGGCGCGAGUCACGUGACCCUGUACAACGACACGCUGGGGCCCGAGGCCGGCUGCGCGCUGCGCUACUACGAGUCGCGCGGCCGCGUCACGCUGCUGCCCUGGCACCGGCUGGACAUGAUCUCGCAGCGCGAGAUACGCACCGAGGGACUGUUCGCCGCGCUUAACGACUGCCUCUACAGGUCCAUGUACUCGUACGAGUAUCUGGCGCUGCUCGAUCUCGACGAGUUCAUCGUGCCCAGGCACGAGGACACGAUCCUCGAUCUCAUCAGAUGGAUGGGCACCCGAGUCAACACCAAGACGGCCGGCGCCUACUCCUUUCAGAACGCCUUCUUCUACCUGCAAUGGCCCGACGACCCGUACGUGCGCACGUCGCGUCGCGCCACCGAGGCCGGCCUCGUCACGCUGCGCAAGACGCGUCGUCGCUCCAAGCUCCAUCCGCACAAGCAGCGCAGCAAGUACGUCUGUAGGCCGCGCGACGUCGUCGAGACGGGCAAUCACUUCGUCUGGGAAUUCGUGCCGGGCCACACCACGGUCAACGUGCCCGCCGACGCCGCCAUACUCCAUCACUAUCGGGUCUGCGAGUUCGGCGGCGACGACUGCGUCAAGACCGCCUCGACGGUCGAUCGCACGGCCUACAAGUAUCUGGACAAGCUUGCGGAUCGGGUCGAGGCCACCUGGCAGCAGCUGGCCAAGAUCUGUCCUGGGCUGCCGGAGCUGCAGCAGCCACCCGCGCCGAUGCCCCAGCAGCAGGAGCAGUCGAGCGAGAGCACGGGUGCCGUGAGGUAGCAGUCCGUCAGGCCGAAUCGCGACGUCGACGACGACGACGAGAUAAUGCAUAAUUUCACCGCUGGCAGGCCGAUACUCGCCAGGACUUACUUUUACAAUUACGCUCGAAGACGCCGAUGAUGAUGAUGAUGAUGAUGAAUCACGUCGAUGCUGCGUGUACCUGCGCGAUUUUUCACGACAAAUAUAUUCAAGUGUAAAUAUGAACGUACUCGAAUUAUCUACAUUAUAAUUAUUCAAGCUUCAGAGGUACUAUUAUAUUAAAUUACAAUGUAACGAAUGGAUGAGGUUUUUUUUUCUCAUGAUUUAGACUGCUUGUAACGAGAGAUAUAAAUGAGAUUUACUCUCUAUAAAAUAAAUAUAAAGCGUGUACGUUUGUACAAGAAACGAGCUUUUUCACACUGUAAACGCACAAUAUGUACCUAUAUCUAUGUGUAUUAAUUAAUUUAGGAAAGAAAUCAUGAGAAUUUUCAAUUUUCACUAUUCGCAGGGUAUGCAUAAGCUCCUAGUAUUAAAUUUCGAUUCGUUGUAUUCGUACCAAAACGCGCAUAAUUUAGAUGCACUCGAUAAUUUUUAAAUAACUCGAACAAUGCCGAAUAAUCUCUUUUAAUGGUUUGGAGUGAAAUAUAUAUUGAUAAAUAAAUAUGUGAUUGUGAUUUUACGAGCGCGAGAGAUGACGACUACUACGCGUCCUCUCGUGAGUUAUCAAAUUUUAGAAUUUCAAAAGGAUGGGGAGUGUGCAAAACUAAUGUGGUGAACUAAUGAUGAAUUAAUAAUAAUAAUCAACGGUGCAGUGUACUUUAAAACGUAUUUUUAUAAUAAUUCAUCCUGAUCUUUCAAUUUUCAAAAUAUGUGUAAAGUAGGUUUAACGAAUGCCUAAAGAACAGAAUAUAAAUCUUAAAAUGCUACAUGGUGCUGUUUUUAAAAUGAACGUAUCAAAAUCUUCAAAAUAGCUUUUAAGUGUCGACUUUAUAUUUUUCAUAUUCGCAAGACGAUCACUGUUAACGCAUUCAAAAGGCACAAAAUGUUUAAUCCGAUUUUACUCGUUGCUUUAUUUAUUCGACUCUGAUUUGCAACAAUAAUUUACAUCUAUCAUUGCGCAUAUAAGAGAAAAAAAAUAUUGCCUAUCUUUAAUGGUCUACACAAACAUGACUUUUAAAAAUAAAAAUAAAAUUUUUUUAUAUCAUAAGGAGUCGCUGAGAAAGUAAGAGUAUUUUCGAACAAUCUGCACCUUAACUUUUUAUACUUGAAUAAAAAAAAAAGUAUUCAACCGGCAUAAAUAUUAAGACUUCAAGCAAAACACGCAUAUCUGUAGUUAGUCCAUGCUAUAUCUCACUUGUGUAAAAAAAAAAUUAGCAUUACCAAUAAAUGUAAGAUUUCAUUCUGAGUUUAGGUAAAUUAUGAAAAUUGUUAAGAGAAAAUUUUAAGAGUGAAAAAUUUUUAAUUAUCGUUUUAUUAGGUAAAAUAAAGAGAGUCUAAAGUGAUAUCAAAUGCACGAUUAUUCGAUGUCUCUUCAAAAAUAGUCAAGCAGUUUGCGAAGGAAAUUUUUUAAACUGUUGAACAAUUUAUAUAGAAAAUUCUACAAUACAUAUUGGAACUAAUUUUGUCAUCGAGUAAAAUUUUAAUUUAAAAAUUAUAAAUGUAGGUAUAUACACAAUUAAAUAUAUUAAUAGUAUCGUACAUGUUAUAUUUGUACAUAAAAUACAAAUUCGGCGUUGGAUACUUUAUUUUUCAGAAUUAUUGCGAUCGUCGCAAAAACGCAGUCUGACAAAUUAAACUAUCCGAAAUUACAUGCGAUUAUAAUCUACGUACCUUAUUGUUGAAAUCUAUAUGAAACUUGCGUUCUUGUAAUUUUGUUGCUACUUAAGUGUAAUUGAAUAAUUUGACCAUCGAACAAUUUCUCACUGUAGUCAAUUCAGUUCUCGGUAAAACAUUUGUUUGUACACCGUUCAUACCGAUUUUGUUUUUUUUUCUUUCAAAAACACCAAAUUAUCCGCAAAAACAAAGAUAUUACUUAAUAAAGUGUAAAAAAAUAAUUUUUAUCGUUA